AGAACCACGAGAUAAGAUACGACUUCGGGAAUGUGUGAUCCUUGUGGAGCAACAGUUGAUAUGAACUGCAUCUACAGGACUGUGACGAGAGUAAAGGAACAAAUAAUCCGUUUGUGUUUUGUGAAUAGCAGGUUCCACAGUUUGGCGUCUUUAACGAAAUCGUCUGAACCACUGUGAACAAAUCCAUGAAGUUGCAGAACAUCAUAUCAGUCCUGAUGGCCAUAGCUGCUCUUCUGGUGUCCCUUGCUGACACUGAUCUGAGACCAAAAUCCAGAUGGAUGGACCUGAUUUCAGGGAUCACUCGAACAUCCAAGGAUGUGAUAAUGGGCACCGUUGGGCGUGUUCGAGAGAUCUUCCCUCCAGAGAAGAUAGUGUAUCCUGACGACUCCAUCAUCUCUGAGUUUGUCGAAUACCUCAAGGGAAAGAUGAAGUACCCGCACCCGUCACUGGAACUCCCAGUUCUGGAUCCCUUUGUUCUGAAACAACUGGACUUCAACAUCACCAACGAAAUGAUAGGAGAGUUCACUUUAAAUCUAGAAGAACUCAGGAUCAUAAUGAUGUCCGAAUUUGAUAUUAACAAAAUUAAAAUGAACUGGCUGCCAAGAAAGCUGGAAUUCAGUGUUCGAUUUCCAGAAAUACAUACUCAGGCCAAGUACAAUAUGAAAGGUAUACUGGGAAACCUGGUACCAGUUCAUGGACACGGACCCGCCUCAAUAUCAGCCAUCAACGUGAACUUGACUGGCAUGGUGGAUCUCGGAAUACAUAAUAAUUCUCUGCACAUCAGGAAGUUAACUCUUAACUAUUUCAUUGAAGCAUUUCGGAUCAACAUGACGAAUCUGAUGGGUGGUGGAAGAAUUAGUGAACUUAUGAAUAUGGUGUUGAGUCAAGAGGGCACCGAGAUCCUGGAACUAGUGAGGACAGAUGUGACAUAUGUCAGUACAAAUUGGUUACACAUUGUUGCAAAUGAUGUACUACAGAAAAUGAGUAUAAGCUUCAGUGGGCUGUUAGACUUUAUAAAAAGUGCUGGAACAAAAAAGGUUAAGGAAAUUUUUAAUUUAUAUCCUUUCAAAAGUGAAGCUAAAUCUUGUACAUAGUACUAAAAGAUAAAUUUUUUAAUACUUCUGACUAUUUCAGUAAAUGGAAUCUAAUGUCUAGAGUUCAAUGUAAUGCUAAUUAUUUCGAGUUUUGCCAUUUUAUUCACCAGUAUUCAGUCAAUCUGAACUUCAAGAGAGUUGUUCCAGCUAUAGUGGUAGUGGGAAUCAAACAGUAUACUCCUUCUUCUUAGUUACAGCUAAUACAUACUGAUUAUACUAUCAAUGUUAAUAAAUAUUUGGGAAUUAUCAUCCAUAAAAUGAAAUUGUUAGAGCAGACAUUUUCACUUGUGUUUCAUGCACACACUGCCAUCUAGUUACUGUUAUAUAUUAAACUUCUUGUCAUUACUAAGAUAAUGACUGCAAUAUGUGUUACUGAAUGGUACUGAGGUGACUUUAUCUCUUCAUUAUACAUACCGGUGUGUGCAUAUAUAUGCUUUGAUUGCAAUGUUUAGCAUUGAAUUGAAAGAAGAAUUAUAAGUGCUUUGGAAGUGACUGUGGCCUAGUUUAAGAUAUUUCCCCAGGAUUUAUCUGGAGAGGCAGAAGAAAAUCAUGAAAACCUGUCAGGAUAGCCAGCCUCUAGACUAUAUUCAGACCUGAUACAGCCAAAAUGUAAAGAAGAAGUGUUGACCAUUAAAUCGCAAAUUAUGAGAAAGAGAUUUUAAACAACUCGCUGAAAUCAUGUCCUUGCAUUCGGUCAUUUGUCAUACUUACCACAUGAGAUGUAUGCUAACUGCAGCAGUAGAAAGGGUUUACAAAACUAAGAUAAUAUUAUUAUGCACACCUGUAUAGUUCUUAAGCCUAUAACCAUGAACGAUAAUAAAAGCAUUCUGUAGACAAUCAA